AUACGUAUUAUACGCGCACUUGGAAAGUAUAGUUUCGAAAUUUAUCGUACCUUUUGUAUAAUCAUUUUUUGAUAUUUAUCGUUAACGUUUUUGCGAUUUUUUGUGGAAAAUUUUCUCGCGAUUUUCAUCGUUUUUUUUUUCUUUUCUUACGCCAGCAGUGAUGGUAAAGAGUUUUGUUCGCGUGAUAUAAAAGUAAACUAGUACAUACAAGUUUUUUCAACGUGAAUUUAGCGAAUAAAAGAUACAGCGAGUGAUAUUCGAUGGAUACUAAUACAUCGGCAAUGGUUGGCAGAUCAAUUUGACGAGUUACUAUCGAGGGCUCUUGUGGAGGAAUUUGCCUACUCGGGAGUAGGUAUCAGAGGACUGUGCAGAGGCGCGACGCGACAAAUUCGUACUCAUGCGUAUAGACGGUUGGCCGAGGUCGGAAAACAUGUUGGUGCCGCCGGAUAUGGUGGCCGUGCAAAGCAAGAUGCUGUACCAGCUGAACAAAUAUUUCGGCGAAAGGGUGCAGACGCGUAAGCUGGGCAUCAGCAAGUCGAUCCGCGAAGUGUGCAAAAUCGUGCAGGACGUUCUGCGCGAGGUCGAGGCUCAAGAGCCGCGCUUCAUUUCCACCUUGGUCGAAUGCAACGGUCGCUACGAAGGUCUGGACGUGGUCACUCCCAACGAAUUCGAAAUCGUACUCUACCUCAACCAAAUGGGUGUGCUGAAUUUCGUCGACGACGGCAGCAUCCCCGGAUGCGCUGUGCUCAAGCUCAGCGACGGCCGCAAACGCAGCAUGUCCCUCUGGGUCGAGUUCAUCACCGCCUCAGGGUACCUUUCAGCUCGCAAAAUCCGAUCCCGAUUCCAAACUCUGGUCGCCCAAGCCUGCGACAAAUGCGCUUAUCGCGACAGCGUCAAAAUGAUCCCGGAUACGACCGAGGUGAAGCUACGCAUCCGCGAACGAUACGUCGUCCAGAUCACCCCUUCUUUCAAAUGCGCCGGCAUAUGGCCCCGGUCAGCGGCCCACUGGCCCAUACCGCACGUACCUUGGCCCCAUCCAAAUCUGGUAGCCGAAGUGAAAACCGAAGGCUUCGAUCUGCUCUCCAAGGAGAGCGUCGCCAUGCAGGGUAAACAAUCCGCCAUGGAGGGCGACGCCUGGGUCAUGUCCUUCACCGAAGUCGAGUGUAGGCUGCUUUUCGGCGGCUGUCGUCGCAAAUGCUUGAGUAUUUUGAAAACUCUUCGCGAUCGUCACCUCGAACUACCCGGAAAUCCGGUCACCAAUUGCCACAUCAAAACGCUGGUGCUGUACGAAUGCGAAAAACACCCCCAAGACGCCGAAUGGGACGAUUCCUGCUUGGGCGACCGAAUCAACGGCAUCUUGCUGCAGCUAAUCUCCUGCCUUCAGUGUCGUCGAUGUCCGCACUACUUUCUACCACAUCUAGAUUUGUUCAAAGGUAAAACGCCCAGCUCUUUAGAAAACGCCGCUAGGCAAGUGUGGAGACUAACUCGAGAACUUUUAACCAACUCUAGAGCGUUUGAAAAAUUAUAAUUGCCACACUUUUCUAAUCAAUAAUCGUAAUGUAUGUACAUUUAGGCUACCUAGUACCUAUUUUCUACUUAUGUAGACCUACCAGCCUAUAAUCUGUCUAUUUACGUGCGAUCUAAACGUAUUUUUUUGUAUUUUUGACAACUUUUUCUACAAUGCAAAGCUACUUGUAAGUUGGGUUUGUAUUAUUUUUUUUUUUUUCGCAAUUCGUCGUUUUCUUUUUUUCAAUUUCUUUAUUCAAAACGGGGUCACUUCGAAUGAUGCAUUUGGCCAAAAGAAAAAGUUUCCAUUUUAAAAGAACGAAUGCAGAACACAACGAUUUCCAAAAGUGUAAACUAAACAAUACCUACACUCGAAAAAAAGUGAACAAAUUUCAAUUUUUGGAAAAAAUCACCAAUUUUUCACUUUUUUUUCAAUCAAAAUUUCAGAAAGCUCUUCACUCGAACCCCCCCCCCCCCUCGACACACAGAAAAAUCAAUAAAAUUAAAUUUUUCACAGGAAAAUUUAAAAAAAAAAUUAAAUUGGAAGGAAAUUUGUAUAGGUACAAAGUAUUUUUAAAUUUCAUCAAAAAUAAACUUUUUUUUCAAUGAUUUGAAGGUUUUUGUUGCUCGAUCAAAUUUGUUCUUUUUUCGCUACUUUCACUAUCUGUUAGAUACCUUGCCUCUAUGAUAAAAUUUUUAUGUUCUUUUAGGGGGAACUUCGUAGGUUAUUUUCAUUAUAGAAAUUAUUUUCCCAA